CCGCCUCCCCGCGCCCGCCGGCCCCGCUCUCGCACGCGCCGGGCCGGGCCGGGCCGCCCCUCCGGCCCCGCAGGGCAGCGGCUGAGCGGGCACGGCCGCCCCGCGCUCGCCUCUCCCCCCCCCCCCCCGCCCGAGCGGGCGCGACGGAAGCGCCAGGGUCAAGUUGCUCUUGGAGGGCGUGAAGAGAAUCAGUUUCAGUUGCUAGAGGAUCAGACAGUCACAUAAAUGCAGUAUCUAAAUGUUAAAGAAGAUUGCAAAGCCAUGGCUUUCUGUGCAAAAAUGAGGAGCACAAAGAAGAGUGAAGUAAACCUGGAAACCCAGCAUCAGGGUUUAGAAGUGCUUUUCUACCUGCAAGAUAAAAGUCCCAUUUGUUACAGCAGUGGCCAGUUCACCUCGGAGGAGCUGUGCAUUGAAGCUGCCCAGAAGUGUUCUAUAUCUCCUCUGUGCCAUAAUCUCUUUGCACUGUAUGAUGAGAACAGAAAACUCUGGUAUGCACCAAACCAGGUCUUUAAGAUAGAUGAGAAAACGUCACAGCGGCUCCAUUAUCGAAUGAGAUACUACUUUACAAACUGGCAUGGGGCUAGUGAAAACGAGCCCUCAGUGCGGAGGCAUUCACCAAGGAAGACAAAGAGCACUUAUGAGAAGAAGCUGGCUCCAGAGGGAGCCCCCAUACUUGAUGCAAACUCUUUAGAAUACAUCUUUGCACAGGGUCAGUAUGACUUAGUGAAAGGCCUGGCACCAAUCCGUGAUCCUAAAAAUGAUGAAGAGGUCCAUGAAAUUGAGAAUGAAUGUCUGGGGAUGGCUGUCCUUGCAAUCUCCUACUAUGCCAUCAAGAAAAACAUGAAGCUUCCCGAGCUUCCCAAAGACAUCAGUUACAAGCAUUACAUUCCUGAAACUUUGAACAAGACUAUCAGACAGAGGAAUUUCUUAACCAGGAUUCGGAUAAAUAACGUUUUCAAGCAUUUCCUGAAAGAGUUUAACAACAAAACCAUCUGUGACAGUAGUGUGUCUCCACGUGAGCUGAAAGUUAAAUACUUAUCCACGAUGGAGACCUUGACUAAGCAUUAUGGAGCAGAAAUUUUUGAGACCCCAUUUUUGCUGAUUUCCUCCGAGAAUGAAAUAAACAGAUUUAAUUGUGGAGACAAUGAGACCCUCCCACUGUAUGAAGUCAUUGUCACAGGAAACAAUGGCAUUCAGUGGAGGCUCAAGCCAAAUUCUGCUCAGACAGAGAAACAGAAGAAGAAAAAAUCUGAUGGCAAAACCAAAAAGGAUGAAGAAAAACACAAAAUUCAAGACUUGUGGAACAAUUUCUCCUACUUCCCUGAAAUCACCCACAUUGUGAUCAAGGAGUCUACAGUCAGCAUUAACAAGCAGGAUAACAAAAGAAUGGAGUUAAAGCUGUCCUCACAUGAUGAGGCCUUGUCCUUUGCAUCCCUGGUAGAUGGGUACUUCAGGCUGACAGCAGAUGCCCACCACUACCUCUGCACGGAUGUGGCUCCUCCCCUGAUUGAGCACAACAUAAAAAAUGGAUGCCAUGGACCCAUCUGCACGGAAUACGCCAUCAGCAAACUGCGGCAGGAGGGGAACGAGGUGGGAAUGUACGUGUUGAGGUGGAGCUGCACCAACUUCAACCACAUCCUCAUGACUGUGACUUGCUUGGAAGGCUCUGAGAUGAUAAAUAAUUCAAUCCAGUACAAGAACUUCCAGAUUGAAGUGAAGAAAGGCGAGUACUUCCUGCAUGGUUCAAACAAGUCCUUCUCAUCCUUAAAAGAGCUGAUGGAUCACCUGAAAGGACAAAUACUUCGGACAGACAACAUAAGCUUUACACUGAAGAGGUGCUGCCAACCAAAACCCAGAGAAAUCUCCAACUUGCUGGUUGCAACCAAGAAGGCUCAGGAAUGGCAGCCUGUUGAUCACGUGGGGCAGCUGAGUUUCCAUCGAAUCCUCAAGGAAGAAAUCAUGCAGGGUGAGCACCUUGGAAGAGGGACGAGGACACAGAUUUACUCAGGGAUUCUCAACUACAAGGAUGAUGAGAAUCUAGGAUACCAGAAUGAAAAAGAGAUCAAAGUGCUCCUCAAGGUCUUGGACCCCAGCCACAGAGACAUUUCUUUGCAGGCAUUCUUUGAAACAGCCAGCAUGAUGAGGCAGGUGUCCCACAAGCAUAUUGUCCUUCUCCACGGGGUCUGUGUCCGCGACGUGGAAAAUAUCAUGGUUGAAGAGUUUGUUGAAUUUGGACCCCUGGAUCUGUUCAUGCAUCGGAAGAGUGAAGUCCUGACAACUCCUUGGAAAUUCAAGGUUGCCAAGCAACUUGCCAGUGCCCUGAGCUACUUGGAGGAUAAGGACUUGGUACAUGGAAACGUGUGUACUAAGAACAUCCUCCUGGCAAGAGAGGGAAUUGACACAGAAUAUGGGCCUUUCAUAAAGCUGAGUGACCCAGGAAUCCCAAUAACUGUGCUGUCCAGACAAGAAUGUGUUGAGCGCAUCCCCUGGAUUGCACCCGAGUGUGUUGAAGACUCCAAGAAUUUAAGUGUGGCAGCAGACAAGUGGAGCUUUGGUACCACCCUGUGGGAGAUCUGCUACAAUGGAGAAACACCACUGAAAGACAAGACGUUGGCUGAGAAGGAGAGGUUCUACGAGGGGCAUUUUGUGUUGGCAACACCCUCAUGCAAGGAACUCGCUGACCUGAUGAAGCAGUGCAUGAACUACGACCCCCACCAGAGACCCUUCUUCAGGGCCAUCAUGAGAGACAUCAACAAACUGGAGGAGCAAAAUCCUGAUAUUGUCUCGGAGAAGAAACCCGUGACAGAGGUGGAUCCCACACUCUUCGAAAAGAGGUUCCUGAAAAGAAUCCGUGAUCUGGGAGAGGGCCACUUUGGCAAGGUUGAACUCUGCCGAUACGACCCAGAGGGAGACAAUACAGGGGAGCAAGUGGCAGUGAAAUCCCUAAAGCCAGAGAGUGGAGGGAACCACAUUGCUGAUCUCAAGAAGGAAAUAGAAAUCUUGAGGAAUCUUUACCAUGAGAACAUUGUCAAGUACAAGGGGAUUUGCACAGAGGAUGGAGGAAGUGGGAUUAAACUCAUCAUGGAAUUUCUUCCUUCUGGGAGCCUAAAGGAGUAUCUCCCCCGGAACAAGAACAAGAUCAAUCUCAAACAGCUUCUCAGAUAUGCAGUUCAGAUCUGCAAGGGAAUGGACUACUUGGGCUCCCGUCAGUAUGUGCACCGUGACUUAGCAGCAAGAAACGUCCUUGUUGAAAGUGAGAACAGAGUGAAGAUUGGAGACUUUGGUCUCACCAAGGCCAUCGAGACUGACAAGGAGUACUACACUGUCAAGGACGACCUGGACAGCCCCGUGUUUUGGUACGCCCCCGAGUGUUUGCUGCAGAGCAAGUUUUACAUCGCCUCGGACGUCUGGUCGUUUGGGGUGACCCUGUACGAGCUGCUCACCUACUGUGACUCCGAGUCCAGUCCCAUGGCAGAGUUCCUGAAGAUGAUUGGCCCCACGCAGGGACAGAUGACAGUGGCGCGGCUGGUGCGUGUCCUGCAGGAAGAAAAGCGUUUGCCACGGCCGCCCAACUGCCCCGAGGAGGUGGACCAGCUGAUGAGGAAGUGCUGGAUACUCAAGCAUGAUGAGCGGACAACCUUCCACAAUCUGAUUCAAGGAUUUGAAACAAUUAUGAGUAAAAUGUAGUUACUUGUUUUUAUACUGUCAGUACUUUCAAUGUGUGUCCAAAUAUAUACAUGCCCAGGGUCUUUUCAUUUUUUUUUAACUACUGUAAUUUGUACUCUGACUGUGCUAAUGUGUUUAAAGGAUUCUUUUUCCAACAGUUUUCCUUUUUAAUUUUAGUCAACAGUUGGAUCAAAUGAAUUAAAAGGUAUGGGAGAAACAAGAAAUUCAACUCCUUUUGCUGCUGUUAUUGCAGGGCAGUUUUAUCUUCACCUGAUGAUGGUUUUGACACAAGUAACUACCCCGAUGGAUGCAGUGUCAAAAAUACUGCAGUUCUAAGGGCAGUCUGCAGCAUUUAGAACAAAUCUGCUUGUUCCCUGAAUGGCUAAACUGGUGGACAGAAAGAGGGUGUGAUGCCGUAGUUUCAUCCUUUUUAUGGGGAUUUGAGGAAGUGUAAAAACAAAACCCAAAACACCAUAGCUGACAGAUGUCUCUCAUGUGCACUUAAAUCUUAGUAAGGAAAAACAACUCUGACAUUACCAAGCCCAAGAAGGCAAAAUAAUCAGCUUGUCUCACCCACGCUGCAGUUCUGAGCUCUUAUGUGUAUUUUAUAAAAACCUUGCUUGAGCAUUGUGUUAAAAAAUUAACCAGAACAAGCCUGAUCAGCAUGUAUAGUUCUACACUUCUGGAGCUGGAUUCUCUUUUCCUAGCUCAGCCCUUGCCUCCUCCAGGCCAGGUUUGUACCCACCGAAGCCUCCCCUGCUGCUGGAGCCAGUCCUGCCUGAAGUGGGAUGUGCCCCGGGAGGGAUGGAAAAGGGAAUCUGCACAGAAGGUGGGGGAGCACACCCCCUCACAAGGAGUCAUGAGCUAGAGGAGGGGACUGAGCAACAGGGCCAGCAUCCCAGGGAACACCAACACACCAAGCCUUUGUGCCACCUGGGGUGCACAACCCCUGCCUUGGUCAGGGAUUGCUUUAGGCAGCACCUUCAGGCACUUCAAGGGCUGCUCCUUUGGCCUGAGAUGAUGAAUCUUCACAGAACAACAUUGGCCUGUAGUUAGUUAGACUUAGACUCAAACCAAACCUGUUAUCUGCAGGGAGAGCUGGGGGGCCCGACUGGGACCACGUAGGUGUUCCUGUCAGGAGCAGCUGUGGGAUAUCCCUGCAGGCAGGGCAAGCUGAGGACACUGCACUCUUGUUCUGUCAACCCACCGGGCUCUGCAGCACCACCACGGUUUAACUGGAAACCUUUUGCUGACAGUCAGGGGUGAUAAUGUUUUCCCACCACACCUGGAUUUCUGAAAAAGGCUUUUGAGGCGAUAUACUCAGUUCUGGCAAUAACAGAAAGAUGUCUUGAACCAUACAUCUAUAAAUAUAUAUAAAAUUGUAAGUAAGAGCUACCAUGAGGUCAGAUUUAUUUUUACAGUAUUACCUGUUGUUGUUUUUUUUUGGUUUUGGUUUUUUCUGUAUGUCACUUAGGAACCUGAUUUGAAUCUGUAAGCACUUUGUUACUCUUUAUACAAAGGAAUCUAAUAAAGGUAUUUUUUUUUUCUCCA